UCGAGGUGUUUCUUUGGACAGAGGAUGUGUGGUUUAGGGAUAACAUGCCAGGAGUGGUAGACGUACGUAGCUUGAGUUGAAUGAUAGACGGAAAGAAGGAGCAAAGCCUAUCGGUUUUACUGUCGUUUGAUGAAGUGGUUCUCCAAACUUCGUCCAUUAACUUAUUCUGAGGGAAUUUCUGGUCCAAAAAUGGCAAAUUCCGUUGCCCUUCACACUCAGCUAGCCUCCAUCAUGGAGGUUUUGGCCAACGCGGCCGUGGCUGAAAUCUGCGAGCUUGUUGACAAUGGCUAUGCGAUCCUGCAUUUGGAGAUAUCUCGAGGGCAGAAGGAGAAUGAAGCAUUGAGGAGAAAACUACGGCUGAUGGACCUGAAAGUGUCUCGUGGAAGUGCUAUGAGAGCAGAAAUAGGAAGCUCCACCCUCGCGCACGGUUGCUCUCAAGCUCACUUUGGCAUGGAAUCGAAAAGGACAUCAAGCAGCGAUGUACAAUGUCUGAGAGCAGUUGAUUCCCAAUUGGUCACCAGCCUGUUUAGGGAGGGAAAGUCCUCAGGUGAAACUGGACAGACUACCACACAGAGAAAGCCUGCAGCAUUCGAUGAUAUAAAGGCCAAAUCACCUACCAUCAAGGAGGAGAAGCGGGAAGAAGCCUGGGAGAAUCAUGACCAACGAGAGAGACUAAGUACCGAAGCUUUAAAUCACAGUGUUGAUGGAGGAGAAAGGCAUUCCAACAUCGACACAGAGGCUGCUCAACCAAUCAGCAAACAGGAGAACGCCAGCUCUUGUAUAUGGGUGAGUGGCGAAACAGACAACCGCAGCCUCUUGCCAGAAUCAAUUAAAAACCUGAGUGUGAACAAAAUAUCUCAAAACCCAGGAUUGGAAAAUGGUGAUGGAAUACUUGACCAUGUGGGCUUUGAUUGUAUGAUGUUUGAGCCCGACAGACAACUUGGGACUUUUAGCACCCAGGGUCCUGGGGCUGAUCUUCCUGAGUGCUCUUACUCUCGUGUGGAUGUUGUACCUAUUCACUCUGAUUCAGAGAAUGGUUUUCCCUAUGUGAUGGAAAAGCUGAGUGGCUCCAUAACUGAGCACGAACAACCUGUGGCUUACAGAGACAAUAGACAGAAGGCACCAUUGCCCUCAGAUGAGCCUCACAUGACUGUACGAAAAGGCAUGGAGACUGGAUCCAAUGCUUUGGUAAUGAAGGAUGGUUGGGUCACCCAUGACCGUCAUAAUAACAACGCUGCGAGUUACACCACAGAAUGCACAGCAGGUAAGCUGUUCAUUUGUAGUUUAUGUGGUAAGACUUUGGCUUGUCUGCAGACCCUCAAGACUCACCUGAGAGUUCACACUGGGGAGAAGCCAUUCAGCUGCAUGCAGUGCGGGAAGUGCUUCUCUGAUUCCAGCAACUUCAAGCGACACCAGAGCGUUCACACAGGGGAGAGACGCUACGGCUGCAGCCACUGCGGCAAGCGCUUCGCCCAGUCAGGCUCACUCAAAGACCACCUGAAGGUACACACAGGAUGCAAGCAGUUCAGAUGCCCACAGUGUGGAAAGACUUUCAUAUCGGCCAAUCACCUCAAGAGACACAUUAUUGUCCACAAUGGAGAAAGACUUUUACCAACCACUUUUUAAUGAAUGAAAGCAUACUGAAACAUGCUUCAGCCCAGCUUGAACAAAAAAUGAAUCUGGUGCUCGACUGAUGGACUUGAUAAUCCAAAAAGUAUUCCAUACAUUUUUCAAUGAGUGUUUUUGUAACUAUAUCAUUGAAGUUGUUAGCCACUCAUCCUCUGUACAUGAAAGUGCCUCAGUUUUAGAGGAAAAACCUGCACUGUUAGAGCUCUGAGUGUAAGUAUUUCACUGUACACUGCAAUAAAAAAUAAGAAUAUAUAUAUAAUCUUAAAUUGUUGUGUGUAGUGGUUGUUGGAUGUGUUAGUGGUGUUGUCAAACAAAUGACUAUUUCAUGGUGGGAAUUUUGUAAUAAGUAUAUUUACCAGACUGUUUUUGUUGUUGAUUUGACCGUAAUAUGAGUGGGGUGUAGUCAUGAUUAACAGUAUUCCUAAACAGCCAGUCAUAUUGGGUGAGUGGAUGAUACACAUGCUCACUGCUACAUCAAGGCCUCUUACAGUCAAUGAAAGAUUGCUGCGCUAUCAACGUGAGUCUCUACUCCUGGUACAGAAAUACUGUUCAGUGGUUUGAACACUGAAUACAGAUGACAUGGGUCAUUCAUGUUGCUACAAUGUUUUUUAUUUAAAAGAAGAUACAUUUCAUGGUUACAUUAGACGCUCACAUUAUAAAUGACAGUCCAUAGAUCCUGAAAAUACACAGCAAAUAUUGAAUCUUGAAAAGGUCACAUACAGUGGGGGAAAAAAAGUAUUUAGUCAGCCACCAAUUGUGCAAGU